AAGCUACUGGUUCAGCCUUUAAAUACAGUCAUUUGACACAUCCCAUCAGGGGCUUGUAGCAGAGAGCAGCUGCUGACCCAAACCCAGGCUUGAAGCAAGCUUGCGUGUCAGCAUCACACUGUUUUGAACAGCAUGAAGGCUCUCUUAUUCACCUGUAUGCUGGUGCUAUGGCUGACGGCAGCCUCGGCCAGGAGCUAUGACCAGGACUCCCAGCUGAUUCCUGGAUCUCUACAAGGCAGAGAGCUGAAUGGAUAUUUCAGUGACUAUUUGAAAUCAAGGAGGGCUACGAGGGCCCUGCCGAUUGCUGAUGAACCUGAUGACAGUCCAAUUCCAGAUGGAGGAGACGCCUUAGAUCUCCCCACAUGCCUGCUGUGUGUGUGCCUGACUGGUUCAGUGUACUGUGAGGAAGUCAGUCCAGACAUGACCGCUGUUCCAACCCUGCCUAAAGAGACAGCCUACCUGUACGCCCGCUUUAACAAGAUUAAAAAGAUCAGCAACAAAGACUUUGCAGACAUUGUGACUCUGAAGAGGAUUGACCUGACGGGUAACCUGAUCUCAGAGAUUGAUGACGGCGCAUUCUCUAAGCUAACACUUCUAGAGGAAUUGUCUCUGGCUGAGAACAGACUGGUCAAACUUCCUAUGCUCCCUGCCAAACUAACAUCAUUCAAUGCCAACCACAACUUCCUAAAAACAAAGGGUGUCAAGGCCAACGUUUUCAAGAAAAUGACCAAGCUGAUGAACCUACUCCUUGCAGACAAUGAGUUAGAGGCUAUUCCACAUAUACCUGACAGUGUCCGCACUUUACAUUUACAGAAUAACAACAUCACUGAUGUCAAUGUUGACACCUUCUGCCGUUCAAAUAACACCUACUACCUGCGACCAAGCCUCAAUGAGGUCCGAUUGGAUGGAAAUCCUGUCGUGCUGUCCAAGUACCCUGACAGCUUUACCUGUAUGAAGGUAUUGCCUAUCGGCCGCUACCGCUGAGUAGGCUGAAAAUUUACUGUAUCUCUUUUGUUGCUGAUGGAGCAGUUUUCCCACACCAGAGGGCUGAGGUUCUUUUUUGGCACUGGUCCCAUUGUGGAUAUAACAGUGUUUUGUUUUUGUUUUUUUGCUUUCCUACAAACAGAUUUUUACUUUGACAGGUCAAAAUGAAACUACUCAGUGGACUGAAGGUGUUUAGCUGAAGGAGUUUUUCCACCACCACCUGAGAAUGGGGUUUGAAGGCCUCAAUAUGCUUCAAAAAGAGUCUGAGCCUAUCAGCUAUUAUCUGACACAAUCAAGCCUCUAGGGGAAAUGAUCAAUAUUUUCAAGAUUCCUGCGCAGCAAGUGGGUAUCAGGAUAACAGAUAAGGGAUAACCAGGUCAAGAAACUAGAAACAUGAGAUGCAAAUUGACUUUGUCAGAUUGAUGUAUUUUUGCUCUUAUACAUUUUCACCUUUAAGAUUUUAAACAUUCUAGGAUUGCAUUUCAGCAAAAAUAUCAAACUCUUGCAACCAAAGUCAAAACUACACAGACAACAAAUGGACUACAGAAGAGAACUACAAUACUUCUGGUUACAGAAUCUUGUAUGCCCCCUACAGAUACAGCAUCCACAUCUAGAUAAACUUUUAUAGAUAUUGUCGUAAAAUAGUUGUCUGACAAUGUCUUAAAUCAUUGUUUGUGCUUUUUAUAGCUGCACUAAAGGGCAGGAAGGAAGGUCAUGUUUCAGAUACCGUUGAUACAUUUUAUAAUCUCUUUGUUUGAAGCAUACUAAAGCCUUGACAAUAGUAACUGAAAAAAAAUGCCUAAAAGAUUCUUGCCACAUACUCAGAAGGCACCAGAUGUGAGGCUACUUUUGAAUUCCUUUUACACUUGUGAAAUAUUGCCAGUAGAUCAGAUUUAACUCCACAGUUUGGUUGGAAAAGAAUCAAGAUCUCUACAAAGACAGUCCAAUUUAUUGUUUCAUUCUGACCUGACAUUUAACUACCUGGACAUACAAAACUACAUACACUGCAUUUGACAAACCAAAAUCCAACAAGCUUGUUUAUAACUACCUGUAGUCCUGGCUUAGGAACUAACAGGACAAUGUUUUCACUUUUUUUUUAGAUGAUUUCUUAAACAGAAACAUUUUGCUCCAAUAAGAAGCUGUCUGACCAAAACAGGUGCCUUGUUAAAGUGUAGAAUCUCUCAUUUUGGAGUUUUAAACUGAAUCAACACCAAAGUAUGACUAACAGCUCGAUCUAGCUUUGCAAAGCCAAAUCCCAUAUUUCAACAUGCUCCAUGUUGGCUGCCAGGAAUUAAAUACUGAAAGCUGUCGUUGCAAGAUCACUCGACUUGGGUUAUUGAUAAAGUUGCAUGCUGCAUUUUAGAAUUUCAAGGCUCAGCCAUUAAAACCUUGAGGCUAAAUAUGGGAAAAAUACAUGUUUGGCAAAAUAACUCGUCUUAUAUACUGUCACCACAAACUUAAAAAGAAACAUUCUUAGAUAUGACUUGAUAAACCACAUUUAAUCCAAGUAUUCCUACAAUCCUGUUGACUGUAGGAAAGAUAGUGUACUUAAUAAUGUAAGAACUAUCUUUCAAACAAGAACUGAGUUUAGCAAUACAAAAGGAAUGAUUGAUACCAGACACCUUGUACAUUUCAAAUGAUUAUUUUCUCAAACUGAACUUUAUCACAUAACCGGUAUGAAAACAUUUUAAAGUGACCCUUACAAGAAAAUAUCUAUUGAGCAAUAUUCUAGUUUGCAAAUGUUGUUUUAUGCCUAGAGAUCCAAUGCCUGUCAAAAAUGUCCAAUCUGACUCUGAGAUUUUCUAGUAAUGCCAGUAGGAAAAGUCUGUACAACUUUUAUAAUUGACUGUUCUCUCAGAAAAUGACUUGACAUGAACACAUUACUGUGGGUUUUGCCAUUGUGUGAAUUAUUUUUUAUCUCAUUAUUCCAUUUAAAAACGCAUUUUAACAUAAUGGCUAUGACUAUCUAGACUUGUAAAAUGAAGGCUUUCUUCAGCAUUGACUUGAGAGUCAAUGCUUUUUUAUUUAUACUGUCUAGUUGAAGUUAACUGGGGGGCAAUGUAUCUACGAACUAUAGUAAUGUGAAAGUUACUCCUCUUUAUUUUGUCUGCCUUUAAUAUUUCUUGCCUGUGUCCCUUACUCUUCCCUUCCAGUAUUAAGAACUACUUUAAAAAUGAUUACUGAUGUGAAAAAGGCAGUGGUGUACAGGAAGAUGUGUAAGUGACAUGGCUAUUUUUAUUUUAGAUAUUUAAAUAAAGUUAACUUUUUUAAUUAAAA